AUGGAAUCCCCCAUCUCCGACGCCAUCAUGUCGCCGAGGAGGACCUGGGCGGGCGCGAGUGAGACCCUCUCGGGAAGCGGCCUGCCGCCCGGCCCUUACCUUUGUUGGUCGGAGGAGCCAGGAACAACAGCCCAGGCUCCAGCAGAGGAGGAGGAGGACGAGUUAUAUCGGCAGUCCCUGGAGAUUCUCUCUCAGUACCUCCGGGAGCAGGGGACCGGCGCCAAGGACGCGAAGCGCCUGGGAGAUGGCAGUACAGUGGAUGUUGACAGUAACAGUCAUGAGCUCCAGAGUCGAGCACGUUUGUUGCGCAUCUCCGGUGCCUACAGGUGCGACCUAAAUCUGCUCACGCCGGCGCUCGUCCGCCUGCACGGCGCCCGUGGGAGGCGGGCUGCGCGCCCGCUCACCCGGGCCCGCCGACCCUCCGUGCUCCCGCUCACGCUCGGAGUGUUCCGGGGCUGCCCCGGGGUCCGCACGAGGCAUGUCUGUUUCCCGAGCACGUCUCGGGUCAAAACGCCUUUCGCCACCCAAAGGGGCCCCAGGAAGGGACGUGCAUUUUUCCCCAGCGGGGUCGGCCUUAUCUCCCGGCGCCUGGGCUCUGCGCCGCCGCCUGCGGCCAUCAGCACAAGAUCCGGGAAGCCGCCUUCCACGAGCCAGGACCGCCCCUGGAAGGCGGGGGCGGCAGGGCGGUGGAAGCCCGGGCUAGGAGGGCGCAGGCAGGGCCCCGCGGAAGUCUCGGACUCCGCCAGGCGCUCGCAGCCCAGGGUCUCCAUACACCAGUUUCGCUACUUGCGGGUAGGUCCCGCCGCUCUCAGCUCAGACCAGCCUCAGAGCACUUGGCUGUGUGCAGCGCGCCUCAUCCGCAUUCCCAGCCUCUGCUUGGCCGCCAGAAGACGCUCGGCUGCCGACGACUCUCAUGGGUGGGUGGAGCGGGAAAAGCCUCGAGGAGCUGGCGAGAAAUGGGAAAGGAUGCACCUUAUCCCUGCAAGGGAGUGUUGGGGCAAAGAAUUCUCAAAGGGGAGAGUAUUGACAGAUAUCUUUUUUUCCAACGUUCAUUUUGAGAUCACGCACCUUGCAUGUACUGAGCUCACUGCGUAUUUGUAA